UUCUCAUGCCAAAACACAAAACUCCCAACUUUAACUCUGUUUAAAUUCUCAUAACAUUGUUUCUUUCACCAAGUCAUUUGAACUAAUUAUUUCAACUAGUACUCCUCCUUCUUUUUCUUCUUCUUCUCCAUAAUAAUGAAUUCGGGCGGUCACAAGGUCAUUUCUUGUAAAGCUGCAGUAGUAUGGAAAUCAGGAGAGGAAUUGAAAUUGGAAGAAAUAGAAGUGGAUCCACCAAAUUCUACAGAAGUUAGAAUUAAGAUGAUUUAUGCAAGUCUGUGUGGAACUGAUGUAUUAUGCUGCAAUGGCUUUCCUAAGCCUUUGUUUCCUCGCAUUCCUGGGCAUGAAGGAGUUGGUGUGGUAGAAAGUGUGGGUGAAAAGGUCAAAAAUUUAAAAGAAGGAGACAUAGUGAUACCACAUUUCUUGGGAGAAUGUGGAGAAUGUCCCAAUUGCAAGUCUAAAAAGUCCAAUUUAUGCCACAAAUACCCUUUAAAUUUCAGUGGAUUAUUGUUGGAUGGAACAUCAAGAAUGUCAAUUAAAGGCCAAAGGAUUUAUCACCAUGUUAGCUGCUCAACAUUAUCAGAAUACUUAGUUGUUGAUGAAAACUAUGUUAUUAAGGUUGAUCCUAGGCUCCCUGUUGAGCAUGCUGCUUUCCUUUGUUGUGCAUUUACUACUGGAUUUGGAGCAACAUUUAAGGAUGUUAAUAUUGAAAAAGGAUCAACUGUUGCUGUUCUUGGUCUUGGAGGUGUUGGACUUGGUGUAGUAGAAGGAGCUAAACAAAAAGAAGCAGCCAAAAUUAUUGGGAUUGAUAUACACGAAAUGAAGAGUGAAAAAGCAAAAAAAUUUGGAAUUACUGAUUUUAUAAAUAUUAAAGUCAGUGAAAAAUCAGUUUCAGAAUUAGUUAAAGAUGCCACUGGUGGACUUGGUGUUGACUACUUCUUUGAGUGUACAAAUGUGCCUGACCUUAUGAUCAAUGAAGCCAUUCAAUCCACAAGAAUGGGUUAUGGGACAGUGAUACUGCUUGGAGCUGGACUUGAGUUAGAUUGGCAAAUGAGUUAUGUUCCUAUCAUGUUUGGUCGAACACUCAAAGGAUCCAUCUAUGGUGGCAUUAGAACUCGCACAGACCUUCCAUCUGUAUUUGACAAAUGUAUUAACAAGGAGAUCAAACUAGAUGAAUUAUUGACUCAUGAAGUUUCACUAAAUGAUAUAAACAAGGCAUUUGAGUACUUGAAAGAACCGAAUUGUGUGAAGGUUCUUAUCAAGUUUUAAGCUCAACCAAUCACCCUACCCGCGUCCUCCAUAAUGGAAGUAUGUCGAAACUUUGAUCUGUUUACUUCCUACUUUAAUAAGAUCAAGACGAGGGGUGAACUUUUACUGGACCUCGAGGAUCGACUUAAACUUGAAACUGCUUCUAUUUUUUGUGAUGGAUAAUGUACUUGCUAUAUAUUAAGGUGGUGUACUGAUGUUAAAGAUUCAAGUCCAGCAGUGUAGAAAGAGAGAAGAAAAAAAAAACAUAUAUUGAGUUUAAGGGAUUGUAUUGACAUUUGUGCUCUAAACUAUGUUAGCUCUUUUGGGAAAUAACAAAAGAAUUUGGAAACGUUUAAAGAUA